AUGGCUUCGCUCCUCCGACUGGCGGUCAUAUUGCUGACCGUAGCCAGCGCGUCCCUCCUUCACACGACCACGGCGGACCUCCUGCUGAGGCCAGAGCGCGUGCCUCGCGCGCAGUUCCGCAUUCGCUGCAACUUCAGCCACGCUCUGCGGGAUGACCCCAUCGUCUUCCCUGGGCAGCCCGGCAAGUCUCACCUGCACGACUUCCUCGGCAGCACCAUCACCAAAGCCGACACCACUGAUGCCAGGGCGUUGGUGGGCAGCAAGACAACGUGCGGGCUGAAGGCGGACUCAGCAGCGUACUGGUUCCCGUCCAUGUUCAUGCGCACCAACCAGAAGGACGCCAAGGGCCAGUACAUCUACAAGCACUUAAAGCCCAACUGGACGCUCUUCUACUACCGCACGUCUGUCAAGAACCCGGAAACCAUCAUGCCCUUCCCGCGGGGCUUCCGGAUGCUCACAGGCAACCCAUUCGCAGGAUCUAAACAAGCUGACGACAUGGCGAACGUGGAAUGGUGGUGCGGCGCGCGCGGCAAGCACGGUAACGACUUUCCGCACCAGAAGUGUCCUGCGGGCGACCAGCUGAUUGGCAAGAUCAACUUCCCCGUGUGCUGGGACGGCAAGAACAUCGACAGCGCGGAUCACCGCAGCCACGUGGUGCACAUCCCGCUAAACACCACGUGCCCGUCGUCGCACCCCGUGCCGCUGCCGCGCAUCAGCAUCAAGGUGUACUACCCCGUCGACACGGACCUCGACCUCACGUGGCCCAAGAACGGCGUCAAGGGCAACCCCGCUGUCUACCUCUCCACCAUUCAGAGCGGCGGCACGGGCAGCCCUUUUGAGUACCACAGCGACUUUAUCAACGGGUGGGACCAAAAGCCUUCCAACUGCGCAAGCGCUGCUGUUGCAAUGGUGACUGCCACAAUCACCCCCCUCUUCGCGCAUGCGCCCGCGGCCCUGGUCAGAGUGUCCACCGCCUCGCCGCGAACUGGACUCAGAGCCUUGCCGUUCCUCCCGCGCCCGCGAGAUGUCACAAGGCGCAUCGUGCAAUCACGUGGGGCAGCCCGAUGUGCUGUUGCUGACGUGGCAAGAAGAGAGGAUGGGCAGAGCAACGAUCAACUGGGCGGGGAUCUGCCUCAGGCCGCCGAUCAGUCAGCGCAGCUGGCGGCGGAUCUGGCGGGCAACGGGUGGCGCAGCACGCGGCGCACGAAGCUGGUGUGCACCAUCGGGCCGGCGUGCUGCGGCUUCGAGCAGAUCGCGGCGCUGGCGGAGGGCGGCAUGAACGUGGCGCGCAUCAACAUGUGCCACGGCACGCACGCGUGGCACCGGCAGGUGAUGGCGGACAUCCGGCGGCUGAACGCGGAGCGCGGGUACAGCGUGGCGGUGAUGAUGGACACGGAGGGCAGCGAGAUCCACAUGAGCGACCUCCAGGGCGCGCCCUCCGCUAAAGUCGCGGUCAGUCCCUCCCCCAUGCUUGCCGUGCCGUGGCGUAGCGAGGGCGACGUGUGGACGUUCACGGUGCGCAAGUUCCCUGACGGCAUGGCGCUGCCGCCCAACACCGUGCACGUCAACUAUGACGGCUUCAUUGACGGUGCGUGCUCCCCUGCUCAUGCGCUCAACUGUUGCCUUGCUGACGUCGUGGGGCCGCUGCUAUUGUGUGGACACCUUCCUUUACUUCCUCCACCUUCUCUGCUUUCUCUGCUCCGCGCUCCCACCACCCCAUUGUCCCAAUACCCAUCGCUUCCGCCCUCCCCCUCCCCCGUCUCCCCGCCAUCAGACGUGAGGGAGGGCGACGAGGUGGUGGUGGACGGGGGCAUGGCGCGGCUGCAGGUGGCGGCGCGCAUGGGGCCCGACGUGGUGUGCAGCGUGCUGGACCCGGGGCUGCUGCUGCCACGCGCCAACCUCACCAUCUUCCGCAAUGGCCACCUCGUGCGCGCCACCAACGCCAUGCUGCCCACCAUCUCCUCCAAGGACUGGAUAGACAUAGACUUUGGAAUAGCGGAGGGGGUGGACUUCAUAGCCAUCUCCUUCGUGCGCUCACCUGAGGUCGUCACGCACCUCCGCAGCUACGUAAACGCGCGCUCUCCCUCCCGGUGCGUGCCGUGUGGUGGGUGUGGUGCAGGUGGGUGCAGCUGUCUCGACUCCCUCGCAUCACACUCAUUCACCCGCCCCUCUCUCAUCCACCUGUGCGCCGCCUUCCUCCUGGCGUUGAUAGCCAAGAUAGAGAGUGUGGAGGCGGUGGGGCGGCUGGAGGAGAUCAUAGCGGCGUCGGACGGGGCGAUGGUGGCGCGGGGCGACCUGGGCGCGCAGGUGCCGCUGGAGGACGUGCCGGGCGUGCAGCAGGACAUGGUGGACCUCUGCCGCGCCCUCAACAAGCCCGUCAUUGUGGCGUCGCAUCUCCUCGAGUCCAUGAUCGAGUUCCCCAUCCCCACCCGCGCUGAGGUGGCGGACACGGCAGAGGCGGUGCACCAGCAGGCGGAUGCGCUGAUGCUGUCGGGGGAGUCGGCCAUGGGGCAGUUCCCUCUUAAAGCCCUCGACGUGCUGCGCACCGUUGCAGAGCGCUUUGAGGCCAUCGAGGAGGGGCAGGGCGGAUACGAGGGGGGCCCCGGUGCGGCAGCCACGGAUGGGCGCACGGCGGUGGAGCGCGUGGCGCUGCUGCCGGAGCUGUCGCACUCGCUGCGGGACCGCAUGUCCGAACAGAUCUGCGCAGCUGCUGCCCAGAUGGCCAUGCGUCUGGGGGCAAAAGCAAUAAUCGCCUUCACCCAGAGGGGCUACAUGGCGUCGUUGCUCUCGCGCUGCCGCCCCAACUGCCCCAUCUUUGCCGUCACGCCCUCCCAGGCGGUGAGGCAGCACAUGAGUGUGUACUGGGGCCUCGUGCCAUUCCGCCUCGACCUCUCAGACGACGCCGAGGACAACAUGCGGCGCGCCUUCGCCGUGCUCAAGGCGAGGGGCCUGGUGGCGGAGGGCGAUCUCAUCAUCGCCGUCUCUGAUGUGGCGGGCGGGCAGGAGGCCGUGGGGGCCAGGCAAAGCGUGCAGGUCCGCAAGGUGCUGUGA